GAAACAGUGAACCCCGCACGUUACCUUGCUGUCAGACUAAGGGACGGCGCGGCACGAAAACUAUGCCCGUUGUGUCUGAUACCUACCUUGUAGGGUCUUUCAUCACAGUCGAGGAUCAACUGCUGCAAAAAACGAAACAAAAGGCAAUCGGGGGCGACAGAAGACAAAGUCGUAUGCAAAAUAUUGAGACUCCCUGAGCUGAUGAAUGGGGGCCUGUUGCGGCUCUGUCAACCGUCGGCUCCCAAAUAGUCCAGCGCUGAUAUACGUGACAGCACAGUCGUACAAGUGUACCAAUCGGAUGAAAACCCCCCACUUAUGAGCAACAUGGUCUAGUGGGGGUUUGGACAACAACGCCCUACCAAACAUUCCUCCAGCUUGGGUUUGGUCAGUGCGAUGUUUCUCCUACCUGCAGGUUGCAGACUUCUUUCCUACCUUUGUGCGUGGGCGAGACCUGGUUCGCCACGACAAACCCCUACUCACCGUUCACCGAUCCUGGAAUAGCCUCAUUUCCGCAUGCACAUACCUUACCUAGCUCCUUCUCACAAGCAUUAGUCGAGCUCCUACCCAAACAAACCUCCCUUUUAUCAAUCCUUCACAAGAUCACAGGACAUCAUCACGCCAAGCCCGACGGCGACAGAGCUGCUCAACAGAAAUGCUCCCAUGAUCAAAAAGGGUCAACGGAGGUUGGAGGUGGCGAAAGCUCGUCUAUAAAAGCCACAACGUAUCCUCCAACAUUUCAGCCUGAAUCUUCUUCACCACCACCACAACUCACCUUCAUAUCGUUACUCAAUCUGAACAAAAAGUUCUGAACACCUCAGUUCUUUCUUCACCUCCAAAAUGAAGUUCACCAUCACCGCCGCCGCCCUCAGCCUCCUCGGCCUCGCCUCUGCCGCUCCCGCCGAGGUAGUCGCCAAGCAGGCCCACGGCGCGACCAGUGCCCAAGUCACCAACUUUUCCGUCACCUGCGGUUCCUCCUCCUGCUCCUACACCGCCCGCGCGGUGAUCCUCCCCGAGAACGUGGCCGUCACCUUCACCCACACCACCACCGGCUCCACCAUCCCGACCAACACCGGCUUCUUCACCAGCAGCGACCCCGCUGUCUUCUUCCGCAUCAACAAGGCACUCAGCGACUACCGCUUUGUGUUGAGCGACGCUCAUGUUGUUGGUUCGGCUGUCAACUUGGAUUAUUUCAGCCCUGGGUCGCAGUGGACUGCUAGCUCCUACAGCGGGCCUUCUUCUUUUACUCUUUCUUAAGCAGGGGUGGUGGUGUGUUUGGGGUGGGUCUGUGGAGGAGGGGGUGUGUGAAUGGAAAGAGGUGAAGGGUUCAAUGUCUCAAUUGGAAAGGGUGUGUGGACUUCAAAGUAGUUUCAUAGCCCGGAUAUGACAAAGAGAC